UCAGUGCUGGGUAUGUCUCUUAGAUCUAACUUCGGCCAAGAAUUUGAAAACGUCGGAGGCAGACCACAAAACGCCCAAUACUCGGCAUUGGUAAUCAUAGCUACCACAUUCAGGUGCCUCACCAACUAUGCUAACUUGGCGAUUACUGUCCUCUCUUUUUUAAUCCACCCUCUAAGCUUUCUAAAUUCUGGUCUUUUAUGUAGAUCUUCAAUUAAAUUAAAUAUUUUCUGUUCAGAGAACAUUGCUUCAGAUCAAAGAGGUGUCAUUCCCAACUCCAUAGAUCAAAUAUUCCAACAUAUUGCUCAAUCACCCCCUUCCCUUCAAUAUCUAGUACGUGCCUCUUUUUUGGAAAUAUAUCAAGAAGAAAUUCGCGAUCUUUUAGACAAAAGUGGGGGAACUGGAAAGCGCUUAGAAUUGAAAGAAAGGCCAGAUGUAGGUGUUUAUGUACGCGAUUUGAGUUCAUUUGUUACUCAAAGCGUUGAAGAGAUUGAACAUGUAUUAAAAGUUGGCCAUUCUAAUCGAAGCGUUGGAAGAACCAAUAUGAAUGAACACAGCUCUAGAUCACAUGCCAUUCUUGUUUUGACUGUGGAAAGCUCUGAAAUCGGGCCGGAUGGGCAGCCACAUAUACGAGUUGGCCGCUUAAAUUUGGUUGAUUUGGCUGGCAGUGAGCGCCAAAGCAAAACAGGCUCUGAAGGUCAACGAUUUCGAGAGGCUACAAAAAUCAACCUCUCCCUGUCUGCUCUAGGAAAUGUUAUUGCUGCUUUGACAGAUCAACAAAGUUCUCAUAUUCCUUAUAGAGAUUCUAAGUUGACUAGAUUGUUACAAGACUCCCUUGGCGGGAAUUCUAAAACUGUGAUGAUUGCAAAUAUUGGCCCAGCUUCUUACAACUACGAAGAAACUUUAUCUACACUUCGUUACAGUUCUAGAGCUAAACAAAUUCAGAAUAAACCAAUAAUAAACGAAGAUCCAAAGGAUGCUCUCCUUCGCGAAUUCCAAGAGGAAAUUGCUCGUUUAAAGACUUUAUUAGAGCAAAAAGGUAUUAUCAUUAAAUUACCCUCUUUGAUUUAA